AUGGUCAAAGCCACCCCGCGGAAACAAAGGCGUGAGCGCACGACCUUCACGCGAGCCCAGCUGGAUAUCUUGGAGGCUCUCUUCGCGAAGACCCGCUACCCAGACAUCUUCAUGCGCGAGGAAGUGGCUCUGAAGAUCAACCUGCCCGAAUCCAGAGUGCAGGUGUGGUUCAAGAACCGCCGAGCCAAGUGCCGCCAGCAGCAGCAGCAGAGCAGCGGGCAAGCCAAAGCUCGGCCUGCGAAGAAGAAGACCUCUCCGGCCCGGGAGACCAGCUCCGAGACCAGCACCAAUGGGCAGUACAGCCCUCCGCCGGCUGGCACCUCGGUGACGCCCAGUUCCAGCGCGAGCGCCACUGUCUCCAUCUGGAGCCCGGCUUCCAUCUCCCCGAUCCCGGACCCCCUCUCCUCCUCCACCACCCCCUGCAUGCAGCGCUCCACUGCCUACCCCAUGACUUACACGCAGGCUCCCGGCUACACGCAGACCUACGCCGGUUCUACCUCCUACUUCAGCGGCCUUGACUGCAGCUCCUACCUGUCUCCCAUGCACCCGCAGCUCUCCGCGCCGGGAGCGGCGCUGAGCCCCAUCACCACCCCAACCAUGGGCAGCCACCUGAGCCAGUCACCGGCCUCCCUCUCCAGCCAGGGCUACGGCACAGCCGGGCUGGGGUUCAGCUCUGUGGAUUGCCUAGACUACAAGGACCAAGCCGCCUCCUGGAAGCUCAACUUCAACGCCACCGACUGCUUGGAUUACAAAGAUCAGAGCUCCUGGAAGUUCCAGGUCUUGUGAAAGAAUCUCCUCCUUCCUUUGCAUAGCAUCCUGGGACAACCUCUUCUGUCCAAGCUCGGCAUC